GCUAAGAUAGGCUAACAAAAUGAACUACUGUAUGCAAGAAAUAUAUGAAGUGCACCCAGCUGCUGGUAGCAAUUGCUUCAUGCAGUCCAGUGAUUAUUGCACAUAUAUCGAAGAUAAUCAGGGUUACAGCAGUUGUGAUGCUCAGGUCCUGCACAGUAAUAACAUAUAUAUGGAACAGGCCUGGGCGGUGAAUCAGCCUUAUACCUGUAGUUACCCUGGAAACGUGUUUAAAAGCGAGUACUCUGACAUGGACAUGGCCCUGAAUCAGUACAACCAACCUGAAUAUUUCACAGAAGAAAAACCUACUUUUUCUCAAGUGCAGUCGCCAUCGUACUCUCAGAAGAAAGGGUAUAUACCCAGUUACUUAGACAAGGAUGAGCUAUGUGUAGUAUGUGGGGACAAAGCCACCGGAUAUCAUUACCGCUGCAUCACUUGCGAAGGUUGCAAGGGUUUUUUUAGAAGAACCAUUCAGAAGAACCUCCAUCCAACCUAUUCCUGUAAAUAUGAAGGAAAAUGUGUGAUAGACAAAGUAACAAGAAAUCAGUGCCAGGAAUGUCGCUUCAAAAAAUGUAUCUUUGUUGGCAUGGCAACAGAUUUGGUGUUGGAUGACAGCAAGCGGUUGGCAAAGAGGAAGCUGAUAGAGGAAAAUCGAGAGAAGAGACGUCGGGAAGAGCUGCAGAAAACCAUUGGGCACAAACCAGAGCCAACGGAUGAGGAGUGGGAGCUCAUCAAAAUUGUUACUGAAGCACAUGUGGCCACCAAUGCACAAGGAAGCCACUGGAAGCAGAAAAGGAAAUUUCUGCCAGAAGAUAUUGGGCAGGCACCAAUAGUUAAUGCCCCAGAAGGUGGGAAAGUGGAUUUAGAAGCCUUCAGCCAGUUUACAAAAAUUAUCACACCAGCGAUUACAAGAGUGGUGGAUUUUGCCAAAAAGUUGCCUAUGUUUUGUGAGCUGCCAUGUGAAGACCAGAUCAUCCUUCUGAAAGGCUGCUGUAUGGAGAUAAUGUCCCUCCGAGCAGCAGUUCGCUAUGACCCCGAGAGUGAGACUUUAACACUAAAUGGGGAGAUGGCGGUGACAAGGGGCCAGCUGAAAAAUGGGGGUCUUGGCGUAGUGUCUGAUGCCAUUUUUGACCUGGGCAUGUCUCUUUCUUCAUUUAACCUGGAUGACACCGAGGUUGCCCUUCUUCAGGCUGUUCUGCUCAUGUCAUCAGAUCGCCCAGGCCUUGUUUGCGUCGAGAGAAUAGAAAAGUGUCAAGAGGGUUUCCUCCUGGCAUUCGAACACUACAUUAAUUACAGAAAACACCAUGUUGCACACUUUUGGCCAAAACUGCUGAUGAAAGUGACAGACCUGCGAAUGAUCGGAGCCUGCCAUGCCAGCCGCUUCCUGCACAUGAAGGUGGAGUGCCCCACAGAACUGUUCCCUCCGUUGUUCCUGGAAGUGUUUGAGGAUUAGAGAGACUGGAGCGGUUCUCCGCACCCCGUCGCACUACUGGCUGUCAUUUCAUCCCGUUGCCCAGUUCUUCUCACCUCUGUUUGUUCUUCUUCUUUCGUGCUCUUCUGUUUCUUGAGGCGGGGUUGGGUUUUUGUUUGGGUUUUCUUUUGGGGUUGCUGGGGGCAGUUGUAUACACAUGGAUGAAAACAUCCCUUUAAUGCGGGUACUCGUGGCUAUUGCAAUUUGUUCUUCAGUCCUUUGAUGUGA